AUGGCACAUCUGGAGAAACUGUCCAACGUCACUCUCCUGGAGCUCGAUGUGACUGACUCGAAGAGCAUUGAAUCCGCCGUCGAGGCCGUUACCGCCAAGACAGGCGGAAAGCUGAACUAUCUGAUCAACAACUCAGGACAGAGCCUGGUCUUGCCCGCUUUGGACACGAACAUUGAAGAUGCAAAGAAGUUGUUCGAUGUCAACGUGUGGGGCGUAGUUGCUGUCACGCAAGCCUUUUCGCCCCUGAUCCUCGCAACCAAAGGAACCAUCGUCAACAUUGCAUCCCUCUCUGCCUUCUUCCAUUCCCCCUGGCUAAGCUUUUAUAGCGCCUCCAAGGCAGCCGUGGAUGCUUACACCCAUACCAUCCGUCAAGAAAUGGCCCCAUUGGGCGUAAGGGUUGUCACUGUAGCUGCGGGGACGGUAGAGACCCAUAUCUUCAGGCCUGUAGAGGAAUGCCCCCUACCUCCCAACUCGAUGUACAAAGCAGCCUCUGAAGAGAUUAUAAAAAUGGCAAAUGGAAAAAUGGUCAAUGGCUCUAUGGCCCCUGCCGACUUUGCCAGAAAGGUUGCGGAUGAUGUUCUUGGUGGAGCCACUGGUACGAUUUUCAGAGGAAAGAUGUCGACUGCUGCACGGAUAUUGUACACCGUUCUUCCGACCUGGCUAAUGGACCGCUUGAUGUUCCCUGGUUCUGGUCUGGAUAAGCUGAGCUGA